UGUACAUUUGCUAAAUACAAAAUAUUCAGAUUCGAUCAUUAGAUUGGUUCGGUAUCGCACUCCUAUCACUGGGAUCCUAUUAGCGACUGGCCAGUCUCUUCUACGCUAAUGUUCAAAGGUAAAUUUUGGAAUCAUUGUUCAAAAAUACUAAGGAAUGCUAGAACUUGCAGUAGCAGUAGUGACAGAACUCCACCGCCUGGCCAACACACCCUUGAGCUUAUCCUAACUCGUAUGCCCAUGCGAGCAUGACCGGAGACCUCCACAUAUGAAGCUCCUAUGACACGUUGGCAUUAUAACUUACACGUGGCACCCCUAUCCUAUUAUAUCUGUCAGCCAUUCCCCAUUUGAGGGGGCAUUGCUUAUCCCUACAGCAUCAUCCUCUACCCUUUAUCACAACACGUAGUUCUAACUCGCCUCCUUAUAUUAUUAUACUGAAUGCACUUCAUCUUCAAGAAGCAAAAAGUGUUCAUCUUUCACAAUCACAUUGUGUGUUGUUGAUUCUGCAGAAAUGGCCAGCGAUGAGCAGAAGUUCCCUCCCCAGAGCCAACAAACUCACCCCGGCCAAGAACAUGUCAUGGAUCCAACCCCGCAAUCCAUGAUUCCUGACUACAAGCCUUCUAAUAAACUCCGGGGAAAGGUGGCGUUGGUGACAGGAGGAGACUCAGGGAUUGGAAGAGCGGUGUGCAUAAGUUUUGCGAAGGAAGGUGCAACAGUGGCCUUCACGUACGUAAAGGGACUAGAGGACAAGGACAAGGACGAUACUUUACAGAUUCUGCUUCAGUGCCAGACGGCGGACGCGAAAGAGCCAAUGGCUAUUGCUUCUGAUAUUGGUUACGAAGAGAAUUGCAGGCAGGUGGUUGAUGUCGUCGUCAAAGAGUAUGGACGUAUCGACAUUCUGGUCAACAACGCAGCCGAACAGCACAUGACAAAGUCUCUCGACGACAUCACUGAACCGCGUCUUGAAAGGGUCUUUAGAACCAACAUCUUCUCACAGUUCUUCUUGGUCAGGCAUGCAGUGAGGCACAUGAAAGAAGGGAGUGCAAUAAUCAACUCAACGUCAGUGAACGCGUACAGUGGAAACCCCAUGACGCUGGACUACACGGCAACGAAAGGAGCCAUUGUGGCAUUCACGAGAGGCCUUGCCCUCCAUCUGGUGAGCAAGGGGAUCCGGGUCAAUGCUGUGGCGCCGGGGCCGGUGUGGACGCCAUUACAGCCGGCAUCAAUGCCUCCAGAGAUGAUCCAGAAUCUGGGGUCCGAUGUCCCCAUGAACCGAGCAGCUCAGCCUUCCGAGAUUGCACCAUGUUACGUAUUCCUGGCUUCCCUUCAGGACUCUUCCUACUUCACUGGUCAAGUCCUCCAUCCAAAUGGCGGGAUGAUCGUCAACGCUUGAAGUUCCUUAACCCUCAACUGUAGGUAUGAGACAUGUUUCUUGUGGAGAAUCAUAACACAGAUGGACUCUAGGAUGGAACUUUGUGUGUGUCUGUGUGUUAAUGAUAUUGAAAAGUUCAGAGUAUAUCAAGUAUAGCGUAUAGGCGUAUGAACUUUAAAAUGUAAUAAGUGAGUUGGCUUCUAAAUGAAGUUCCCAGUGUUCUUUUA